AUGCCGUCAGCGGCGGCGAGGCGGGUCUACGAGGAUCAAAUCCCCUCCUUCAUGUCAGUCUUCGACCUUGACGCGGAGACAAUCGCAGCCCAGGAAACCCUCACGCUCGUCGACCCUAAGUUGAUGGACAUGGAGGCUGCCGGGAAAUCCUUGGCCAACCCGGUCCAGCAUCUGCGGCCCAUGAUGCCGUCCGAUCCCACCCACAAGCACCACGACAGUACCUCUACACAGGCAUCCGAGUCUGCUGAGUCUUCACCUACGACGACGCUCUCGACGAGCGACUGCUCCCCGUUGUCGGACCCGUCUCCCUCGUCUUCCCCGGACUCCCCCGUCAACCUGAUUCCCCUCAGCUCUUUCCCGGCUACCUCCUUUGGCGGCCUUGCGCCCUUGUCUUCGAUGAAUUCUUUCACUGCGACGGAAGCCACGAGUUUCGGUCGACCAAUGACGUCGCCCUCGCCUCGCCGUCCCAAGAAUAUGAAGGGUCUGUCGAUCCAGCCGCCCUUCGCGAGCAACGCGGCCGCGACGCUCGUCUCUGAACCCGCAUCGCCCUCUUUCAUCAAGCCCACCAUCCCGGCAAUGAAGCGCAAGCCCAGUCAGUUGAGCCUCAACACCAAGACUUCGGACCUGGUCAUGCGGAACACACUCGACGUCCCCGGCACGCCUGGCAUGGCACCCAUUUUGCAGAGGCGCGCCCUCAAACACUCGACCUCGUCUCCCCAUAUGCUGCCUUCCCUGAAGUCCGCGACAUUUGGCCCCCCCGGUGGAAUGACCUUUCCCAAGGUUCUUGAGAGGAACGAGUCGGGUCUAUCGGAGUUCUUGAGGCCGACAAAGGCCGGCAUCGGCGCUUCGUUUGACACGACGAUUGUCGAGGAGGAGUCGCCAAUCAAGACCCAGCUCGCCAGCCGCGCCGCCCUCGACUUUGAGCCGUACCACGAGAACGAAAACAACGAGGAUCAAAAGACGCCCGGUUACCCUGACGGCCCCAUUGCAAUCUACGAGGACAAUGUCUACCUCUACCUGGAGCCGACUGCCGAGGAAGCCUCAAAAUUCGACACAGUCAUAAACGUUGCACGGGAAGUCAGCAACCCGUUCUCGUUUCUGCCAAAACCGGAUGAGCCCAUGACGGACUCUCCUGCAAUCCUCAGUCCCAUCCCCGAUACCGCCGUGUCAAACGCUAGUUUUUCCACGGCUUUCGAGUUCCCCACCAGUGAUAGAAUCGAAACACCGACGACGCCCAGGGCCAUGUCAUUCUCCGUUCAGCGCCCAGAGUACAUCCAUAUGCCCUGGGACCACAACACAGAUAUCGCUCAGGACCUCAUGCAUCUUUGCGAAACAAUUGACACGAGAACAAAGGAGGGAAAGAGGGUCCUUGUCCAUUGCCAACAAGGCGCAAGCCGGUCUGCCAGUCUCAUCAUCGCGUACGGACUUUACCGGAACCCCGACCUAAGCGUCAACGACGCCUACUACGCAGCUCAGGAGAAGAGCAAGUGGAUCAGCCCCAACAUGAAGCUCAUGUACUGCCUACAGGACUUCCAGAAGCAGGUCUCCAAGAAGAAAGCGUCGCCAGGCUCGGCGUUUCGCCCCCGUGCCGGACGUAGCCCCACCAAGCACCGUUUAACGCUUUCUGCAGAUGCCGCUAUUGACAUCGCACCCAAGGAGCCUUUGACAGCUCCUCUCCCAGGAGAGAAGGAGGGUAGCUCAGGGAAUGCGAGCCCAAGCAAGAGCAGUCCUACUCGUGCCAGGGGUCACUCGACGCCCGGCAGCCAGCCAAUCUCACCGGGGCCAUCAUCGGCACCGUCGAGUUUUUCAUGGUCAGAAAGCGAGAACUCUGCAAAGUUUGGAAGUUUCGACAUCGACCGUUUGCUUCCUUCCAAACCCGCGCCGCCUGUUUCGGGUCUCGUACCUUCGUCAUCGUUCUUCUCCAGGCCACCACCUUCGCCUGGCCCACCCCCCUCGCCUGGUUUUGGGGCACACCGAUUCGGCCCAUCUGCCGGCUUCGGAUUCUCCAGCUUGAAUCUGGGUCCGGCAACAGACCGCCGGACGCAGCACGCUGUCCACACGGAACGACCGCUCACAAUGGUUGGCGCGAUUCCCGACGAUGCGGCUCUCAUGUCGCCUAGAGCAGAGACGAUGACAAAAAACCCGCUGCACGCUUCCUGCAACGAGUUCCCAGGGAUGCGAUUUGUCGAGGUACCGCCGACCCCAAGCGAAGGUCUGUUCUCGCCUCGAGAAACAAUGUUCCCCAGGGAUCCUUUCUACCCUUUCGGACGCCCCACUCAGGUGGCCGAUCCGCGAAGUCCGCCUACAAAAGGUGAAACGCCAAUUGUGAGGUCUAUCGACGAGCUGCUAUGA